GCGGGGCCGCGGCGCGCAGGCGUGCUAGCGGUGGGUCCCUGCGGCUCGGGAUGGAGGCUCAACAUUUAUUUGGCCUUUGUGUCUUGCCAUUCCUCUGAAGGACAGAAGCCACUUGUAAAACCCUACCCUUCGCCUUGCAUUCUAUGAGUUACAGCAAAAUGGAUAUACCAAAUCCCCCAACUUCCAAAUGUAUCACUUACUGGAAGCGGAAAGUUAAGUCUGAAUACAUGCGACUUCGGCAGCUUAAACGGCUUCAGGCGAAUAUGGGUGCAAAGGCUCUCUAUGUAGCAAAUUUUGCAAAAGUUCAAGAAAAAACCCAGAUCCUCAAUGAAGAAUGGAAGAAACUUCGUGUCCAACCUGUCCAGUUAAUGAAGCCUGUGAGUGGGCAUCCUUUUCUCAAAAAGUGUACCAUAGAGAGCAUUUUCCCAGGAUUUGCAAGCCAGCACAUGUUAAUGAGGUCUCUGAACACAGUUGCCUUGGUUCCCAUCAUGUACUCGUGGUCCCCUCUCCAGCAGAACUUCAUGGUGGAAGAUGAGACAGUUUUGUGCAAUAUCCCCUACAUGGGAGAUGAGGUGAAAGAGGAAGAUGAGACUUUCAUUGAGGAGCUGAUCAAUAACUAUGAUGGCAAAGUCCACGGUGAAGAAGAGAUGAUUCCUGGCUCUGUCCUGAUCAGUGAUGCUGUUUUCCUGGAGUUGGUAGAUGCUCUGAAUCAAUACUCGGAUGAAGAUGAAGAAGGACACAACGACACCUCAGAUGGAAAGCAAGAUGACAGCAAAGAGGAUCUGCCAGUAACAAGAAAGAGAAAACGACACGCUAUUGAAGGCAGCAAAAAGAGUUCCAAGAAACAAUUCCCAAAUGACAUGAUCUUCAGUGCGAUCGCCUCGAUGUUCCCUGAGAACGGUGUCCCAGACGACAUGAAGGAGAGGUACCGAGAGCUCACAGAGAUGUCAGACCCCAAUGCGCUCCCCCCACAGUGCACACCCAACAUCGACGGCCCCAACGCCAAGUCUGUGCAGCGGGAGCAGUCUCUGCACUCCUUCCACACACUGUUCUGCCGGCGCUGCUUCAAAUAUGACUGCUUCCUUCACCCUUUCCAUGCCACCCCUAAUGUGUAUAAACGCAAGAACAAAGAAAUCAAGAUUGAGCCAGAACCGUGUGGCACAGACUGCUUCCUUCUGCUGGAAGGAGCAAAGGAGUACGCCAUGCUGCACAACCCUCGCUCCAAGUGCUCCGGGCGUCGCCGGCGAAGGCACCAUGUGGUCAAUGCUUCCUGCUCCAACACUUCAGCCUCUGCUGUGGCUGAGACCAAAGAAGGGGACAGUGACAGGGACACUGGCAAUGACUGGGCCUCCAGUUCUUCAGAGGCGAACUCUCGCUGUCAGACGCCCACGAAACAGAAGGCAAGUCCGGCCCCACCUCAGCUCUGUGUAGUGGAAGCACCCUCAGAGCCUGUGGAGUGGACUGGGGCUGAAGAAUCUCUUUUUCGAGUCUUUCAUGGCACCUACUUCAACAACUUCUGUUCAAUAGCCAGACUUCUGGGGACUAAGACAUGCAAGCAGGUCUUCCAGUUUGCAGUCAAAGAGUCACUUAUCCUGAAGCUGCCCACAGAUGAGCUUAUGAACCCCUCGCAGAAGAAGAAGAGAAAGCACAGGUUGUGGGCUGCGCACUGCCGGAAAAUUCAGCUGAAGAAAGAUAACUCCUCCACCCAGGUAUACAACUACCAGCCCUGCGACCACCCGGACCGCCCCUGUGACAGCACCUGCCCCUGCAUCAUGACUCAGAAUUUCUGUGAGAAGUUCUGCCAGUGCAACCCUGACUGCCAGAACCGCUUCCCUGGCUGCCGCUGCAAGACCCAGUGCAACACGAAGCAGUGCCCGUGCUACCUGGCAGUGCGGGAGUGCGACCCUGACCUAUGCCUCACCUGCGGGGCCGCGGAGCACUGGGACUGCAAGGUGGUGUCCUGCAAGAACUGCAGCAUCCAGCGUGGCCUCAAGAAGCACCUGCUGCUGGCCCCCUCAGAUGUGGCCGGAUGGGGCACCUUCAUUAAGGAGUCAGUGCAGAAGAAUGAAUUCAUUUCUGAAUACUGCGGUGAGCUCAUCUCUCAGGAUGAGGCCGAUCGACGAGGGAAGGUCUAUGACAAGUACAUGUCCAGCUUCCUCUUCAACCUCAACAAUGAUUUUGUCGUGGAUGCUACCCGGAAAGGAAACAAAAUUCGAUUUGCAAACCAUUCAGUGAACCCCAACUGUUAUGCCAAAGUGGUCAUGGUGAACGGGGAUCAUCGAAUUGGAAUCUUUGCCAAGAGGGCAAUUCAAGCUGGCGAAGAGCUCUUCUUUGAUUACAGGUACAGCCAAGCUGAUGCCCUCAAGUACGUGGGGAUCGAGCGGGAGACGGAUGUCCUUUAGGCCUCGUGGGCCCCUCGCCAGUGCUAUGGUCGCGGCACUGUCCUGCUUUCAUGCACACACCACUGCUGCUCGAGUUUCCUGCACUAUGUGUCUCCUACACCGAGAAACCCCCCAUCCGCUCCCUCUGUAGUGAGGCCUCACCUGUGUCCAGUGGGGACAGAACUGUCUCAGCGAGAGGGGAGACAGAGGCGGCUAGGGCUUGGGCUCCCAGGAAAGAGAGUUGCAUCAGUGGGAGACUGCGUCUCAGGCCUUGGAGGAAGAGAGCACAGGCUGGGGACAGGUGACGUUUGCUUGAGUUCUUAACGGCUCCCCAGGCUGUGGGCCUCAAGGGUCACCUUGGACAGUUCCUAACAAGCAUUAGCCUAACUUUCCAAAUCAAGGAUCCUUCCUGUAGUUGGGUCACCAGCAGAUCUCUCUGUGGUCCUGAGACCAGGAGAGGACAGGUUCAGUGAAGUUUGGUACCCAGAGCUUGUGAGUGAUCAGGGUUAAAAAUGAGCCUGGCAGGCAGAGCAGACUGAAUUCAGAGGGGAGAUGGGGAACCUGACUACUACCUCUUUCCCCCUGACAUGCUUCAAACUGAAAGAGUGUGGGUUCUAAGAAAAGCUCUUCAAGGCUGGGAGAAAUAAAGCUGAGUGCCAUCCAUCUUUCUGCAGACAGUGAGAACCAGCCCAACGACAAUAAUAAACUGCUAAGCUUGGGGCCCAGCAGGCUUUGGGGCACCCUCUGUGUGUACUCUGGAGACGAAUGGGUAUGUUUUCAGAUUCCCAGGAGCAGAUGCCAGUGCCCUGUCAACCCCUUUCAAAGUUCUGAUUUGGCAGUGACAGGUGGGCAUUACACUGCUGCUUAAGAACUGGAGGGGUGGUGCAGUCUGGGUCUGAUGCUCUUGUUCCCUGCAGAUGUAGCUGUUUUCAGGCCUUUCUUUUCCCUUAGAGGCUGGGCCUAUGGGGCCGCUUUUGCUCCUGUCUUCCGGGUAGUGGGGUACAGGCCUGGACUAGCGAAGGGGAAGGUUGGUGGAUCACUUUCCUGCCUGGAGUCCCUGUUGUAGGAAAGGAUAAGUUGACACUAUGUGUUUGGAAGUGGGCGAGGAGCUCCUAGGUUGCACGUGUUUGGGAUGGCACCACGCAGGCAGACUGGCAGAGGGUAUUUAAAUGUUGAGAAGACACAGGUUGGCCAGCUGUGCCAGUUCAUAGUGACAUUCUCUCUGGGAUUCAUGGAAGCACUUUAUUUCCUCUAGAAGGUCUAGAGAUUGAGGUAGAGUUUGAGCUAAGGUCUCGGGGGUCCCUGCCCAAAUCUCUUUGCUGAGGGAGCGGGGAGGAGGUGAUGGGAGAUUCUCCUCCAGCUCUAUCUCAUGUCCUGGUGGAGGCAGAAGCUGCCGUGAAACAGCAGAAUUGAAUGAGAAUGGCACCAGCCCUAAGAACCGCCCCUGUGUCAAUGGCUGGUGCUGAGCUGCAGGGAAUAAGGCGCUUUGUGCUAGGGAAAGAGAAGUGGGCAGGUACAGACAAGCCUAGGGUGUUAGAUAAGGGAGCGGGCUUCUCCCUUCUCUGUGGAGUCAGAGCCUCUCUUCCCUGGUCUGUGCUGACCACCCCCUUCCUCUAACCCCAUUGGUUGUCCCAGUGAAGCAAGGAGUAGGGUCCCCUCUGGCCAGACUGUUACCUAGGGAUUUCUGUGGGACAUGCACGUGCACACGCAUACACACACACACACUCACUCACUCACUCACAUACCCUCACUCACCACACUAGUGGGCACACAGGCACUCAGCACUGAGCACACACCCAGCCAGUUCCUGACAGAAGCCUCUUCCCACCUGAUGGGGCCAGCCCCUGCCAGGCUUCUGAAAUCUUCAUCUGCUGUGGUUUGUAUGCAUUGUGUAUAGGGGACACCCUCUAGCUGGACUGUGGGCUCCGAAUUACUCAUAAAUUAUAGGGAAAAACCAGAGACAGAGGAAGGAGGGUUAGGACUGUCUGAAAUGCAGUCCGGGGGCUGGCUAUGAGGAGUAGAUGGGGAAAAAUUGACAUCCAGCCUUUGAAAGGCUAGACUGACCCCACCCUUCCCUCAGCGUGCAGAAUCACUGUGGUUGACCCCCUCCUUCCCCUGUGUCAGACCACUGCCUACUGCUGUUGCUCCAGCAUUCCCAUCCUCUCCCCUGAUCUCCCCCACCUUUAAUGACAGGUCUUAACCCCUCCCCCCAGACAAGUAAUGAUGGAUGGAGUGAGGUGGUGGGAAUGGCGGGGGAGGCUGGUAUAUGUGCGGCUCUGUUGCCAGUGAAUUUCACGCACUUUAAAGUCCUGUGGCUUGUGACCUCUUAUCUGAAUAAAGUGGUAGAAUCCA